CUUCAUUAUUAAUGAUGCCACAGACACUAAACCUUUCGAGAAAAAAAUGUCAAGAAAGAAAGACUCAGAAACACUGCAGCUAGUUGUAGGAUGAUGUCAGGGGAAGGAGCAGCGGCUGUGGAUCAGAUCAACUAAUGGGGCACUGCUGAGAACCAGUUUAAAGGCGGAGUGAAAACAGUGUCCAUGGAGGGAGAGGAAUCAGAUGAGGAUGUUCAGGGAGAGGACCUGCCCACUGUUCUCUGGGAGAGGUGCAUUCAGCAGAGCAUCUUUGUUGAUCUCAGUGAGGAUGAAAGUCUCCACCUCAGUGAUUUUGAGAGUUCUUUAGCCUUACAUCUGUCCGAGGCAGAGUCUGCAGCCUCAGAGUCCAGCAUCCAUCUCAGCGGGAGCACAGAGCUGUCACCCUUGGACGUAACCUCCUCAGAGUCCAGUACUGUCAGCAGUCAGAGUAAGAGGGUUGUAGAGAGCAAGACCAAGAGCAGCAUAUUGCAUGUGUCUGCCCAAAGACCGAACACCGUGCAAGAUGAGCAGCCAUUAAAGCAUGAAGAACCAGGACAAGAUACCAGUGACGAGGAUCAGGAUGACUUACCUUAUGAUGGUGACCUCGGAAGCCUCUAUUUCAACCAAACGGCUACCUCUGAGGUUGAUAUGAGCUCUGACGGAAGAGAUACAUUUCAUUCAAGUCCUGAUGUUCCUGGUGUGCUUGAAUGUAAUACAAGAGAUAGAGAUGAAAUCAUUGAAGGCUUGGUUUCUCUUGGGCAUAACUCUGAGAAACAAGAAACUUUGUCGCAAGUGGAUGCCAAUACUGAACGGGAAAACCGUUUGGAUGCUUCCAAGUCAUUUAAGGUUGCCCCCCCAUGUCCUUGUCCUUCAGAUAUGAGCCAGCUGUUGCUGCAACAUUUCUCCCAGGAGGAGUUAUUGCGGUCGGGUAGGCUGAUCGAGGCGGAGACCCUGCCAGAGGUGUCUCUGCUGGAGAGCGUGGAAGACACUUUGUUUAGCUGGCGUCCAACACAUAACAGCACAGUCAUUAAGAGUAACCACUCAGAGAGCCCUGCUUGUAGUUCCAAGACCAAUCAGAGCUUCUGUUCGGACAUGAGGAAUGAGAAGACUGCAUCAAAAAAUUCAAGUUUAGAGGAAAAAGCAGAAAGUGAAAUUGAUAAUGUCCCCUCUGCUGCUUCUGACAGUAUAAUAUCUUGCUCUCCAAGUAUAAACUCAGAACAGGGCAGUGGGGAUAAAAGUGAUGUAGAUCUAGAGAAUCAGGAAAAGGAUGAAGAGGAUGAUCUGGUUCAGAGAGGCCCACUUGUGCGCACCAGGUCCUUCAGCGACAUCAAGUAUGGCCAAGGCAAGGUCCAUUACCCACUCCCUGACUUCUCCAAGGUAGCCUCAAAGGUAAAAAUCCCCAAAGCUCCGAGUGGACCUGUCAAACCUGUUCCUCAGAGUCCCAGCACCAUGCACAGAGCCCAAUCCUCUCCAGGGAUGUUAGAUUUGAUCAACAGAGUCAUGGAAGAUUCAAUCCAGCCAUCUGAGAAGCCCUAUGUCUUCAAAGACGAGGACAAACAGACUGCUCCAGCACUGGUGCAUCACCUGCAGGCUGAAUAUGACAAACUUACCAAGUAUGCUGAAGCAGAGAACCUUAUAGAUCAAAUGAGAAUAGGAACCAAUGUGCAGCCCUCCUCAGAGUUGAUGCUUUAUUUAGAGUGUGAAGAUGAUCAUCAAGGAAACUUAGUUGAGGGAAGCCAUGUUGGAUCUUCGCCUCCUCGCCUUCCCACGUCAGAACAUUUUGGUGAGAAAGGAGAAACAACCCCCCAGAGCAACACCACAGUGGUGACCGCCGCUUCCUCCAGCCAGCCUGAGGAGGGUCCCAGUGACGGGGAAAUAAUGACUGCAGAGCUGACAGACAUCAUCAGCCAGUUCAUGCAGAACGUGGAAGAAUUCAAAUUGAGUGUGAGCAAAAUGUCAAUGAGCACGGCAGAACAGCAAAUGAUGUUGAGGAGCAUGAUGGAGGCUCAGGACCAACUGGAGAGAAAAUACAUCAGUAGGAAGGAAGAGCACCGAGCUCUGGAGAUGCAAAACUACAUGGGCCUGUGUAGGAACGCCGGCACAUUUGACCCAAACAGGUUGGUGGAGGGAGACAUUUUCAGGAUAGGGAUGCACCUUGAGGACAUAAAGGAGAUGAUAGAUAAAAACGUGUGUGAGCAGAUAUCUCCACCCCACUCGUCCUCCACUCCCACACACAUGAAGGAGAUGCUGCAUGUGAAGCCCACUCCUCUCUGCAUGCACACACCCUCACCUCCACCAUCCCUGCAUGAGAGGCCAAGUGCACGUUUUUCUACUGAGGUGUAUAAGACGGAGGAAGAGGAAGAAAAAGAGGAGGAAGUGGAGGAGGCCAGUGAAGUCCAUGAAGAUGAUGUGUUACAACAAAGCAGUGAACUCAUAACAACGGACAUUUUACUGAAAAAUAACAGCUACUCCCAUUCAAGGUUCUCCUCUCUGUCCUGCAUCAGGAGCUCACUGGGCUCUCUGGAAGGACUGGAAGGACAGACAGCUGAAGAAGAGAGAGGCUCUGUCUCGUCAGAGGCGUUGGAUCACAGUAACAUCUUAGCAUACUUGAGUGAAAGCAGCUCAUCUUCAAGACUGAGGCAUUGGACACCCCACAGUAGUAGCACCCCGGAUAGUGUCCUGAACCAGGCAGGUGAAUGUGAUCUGGGCGAGAGUGUUAGUCUGGCUGUGGAGAUCUCGUCUUCCUUCGAUGCACCCAGACCCUCAGACAGCCACAGUCCCUCAGAGCCGCCCCUCAACACCUCUUCUGUAUCACAGAGGAUUGUGAGCCCAGAGACAGACAGUGGAUUUGGGAGCUCAUACUUAAAUCAAUCCACCUCCGGACCAUUUCAGCAGAAUCUGCUCACAGAAAGUGUGCAGUCCCAGAAUGAUGGUUUAAGUAGCUCAGCCAGUGAGGGCUCCUGCUCCAACGUGCAGACAGCCAUCCACCCUGUCCCCCAGCGGUGGGCCAGCCCCCACCCAUCUGUCCAGACACAGUCCUGUGGUGCAGCAUUGGAGCGCUGGGUGGAGAGCACCACCAAGGAGCCUUCAGUCAGGCUGCAAGAGUUUGAAAGCAGCCUCUCUGCCCAGCUCCAUCACCAAGUAUCUGAACCAGCACUGAGCAUCACCAUGGAUACGGAGGAGAGAGGCAGCCCGCUGGACUCGUGCUCCUGCAACAGCGAGGCUAUCCUGGCCUUGCAGUCAGAGGUAUCCCGGCUGAAGAAAGAACUGAACGAGGGCUUGGUCCAGCUGCCUCAUCUGGCACAGAAGAUGGACUAUCUCACCUCCAAAUACAGGCAGGAGCACAAGUCUAAAACCAGACCCCGGACUCACCACAGACCAGCAUGCAACAGGCCACAGAGUAACACACAAACUGUGUGCGAUCUUAGUUCCAGUGAGGUGAGGAUGGAGGACUGGAUCGCUUCAGACAUGGACCCAAGGAAGAGUAAAGGUACAGACAGUGGUGACACAUCUGGCUCUGAGAUGAUGUUACAGCUGCAGAGUUCACCUGUAGAGGGCAGGAGAGGCAGCAGCAGUGUGCGAUCUGCACCUGAGAGUCAAUAUAAGCUACAUGAGGCGCUGCAAUCCAACAGAGGGUCAGAGGGAAAGGACUCUCGUCUGACCAGCUCCCCUUUAAAAGGAGGCAAGCAGAGAACACAAACUGCCAUCAUGGAGAGUUUUUACUCCAAGGGGAGGACGUCUCUUUUCUCCUCUCUUCAGAAGCCUCUUCUCCAGGUCAGCUACGGCUCCUGCAGCAGCCUGCCUGCAAGCUAUAAAGUGAGGGAGCCGCCGCUGCACACCACGUCCCAUCACAGAAAGCGCUCCACCCAGUCAGACACCGCCCUCCUGCCCAGUGAUGUGUACUUCCAGAGGACACCGUCCCCAGCAGCAGUGUCCUCAAAGACUAUCAGCAAGACAGGCAGACGCAGAGGGAGCAAGGAGGAAGAAAUGAGCAGGACUCUGGACCAGGCUAUAGAGGUGGCCCGCAGCAUGAAGAGGACCACCGACCGCCUGGCCAAGAGGCUGUCAGCUGACCUGGCAGAGGCUCAUCUCCACAGUAAACUGCACAAGCAGCCACGAGGGGGCAGGAAGCAUCGCCACAACAAGAAGAGUUCAGAUCAGUUUACUCUGUGAUCAUCAAUCUGUACUGUGUGUCUUUGUGGACAAUUCAUUGUUGGAUAAUAAGUUAUUUAAAGAGGUGUUUGUGUUAAGUUAUUGUUUUUUUACAUGGUUGUAUGUUUGUUUAUUUAUAAUUUCAUUGGAAGUCUGAAAUCACACUGCAAAAAUUAAAAAUGUA